UGACCCAUAACAAACAAAGGCUAAAUAUAUUUCCAUGGCAGGGAGGGUCUUUACGCUGGAGGAGAGACAGGCAGAGAGAUCGAGGGAUAGAGUGAUAGAGGGACAGAAAGAUCGAGAAGAGAGGCACAGGAAGGUUCCCAGUUCUUUCUUCUUGAAGGCUUCAUAGAGCGUCAGACCUUCAGAGAGCUUCACAGUGUCAGUUCCAGACCAGUGUUUGGGAUGAACUUUGCACUGGGCUACAAACCUGGGCAACUCGGGGAGUCUAGCACCAUGGAUAACUUGGAGAAGCAGCUCAUCUGCCCCAUCUGCCUGGAGAUGUUCACCAAGCCUGUGGUCAUACUGCCCUGCCAGCACAACCUCUGCAGGAAGUGUGCCAAUGACGUCUUCCAGGCUGCCAACCCCCUGUGGCAGUCUCGGGGGUCCAAGUCCAUGUCCACAAGGGGUCGUUUCCGCUGCCCAUCAUGUCGUCAUGAGGCAGUGUUGGACCGCCAUGGUGUGUAUGGCCUACAGAGGAACCUGCUAGUAGAGAACAUCAUAGACAUCUACAAACAAGAAGAGUCCAGCAGGCCCCUGAAUCCCACCAAGGUGGAGCAGCAGCAGCUGAUGUGUGAGGAGCAUGACGAGGAGAAGAUCAACAUCUACUGCCUGAGCUGUGAGACGCCCACCUGCUCAAUGUGUAAAGUGUUUGGCCAGCACAAGGACUGUGAGGUGGCCCCCCUGCAGAAUGUCUACAAGAGACAGAAGACGGAGCUGAGUGACGGCAUCGCCAUCUUGGUGGCUGGGAACGACCGUAUCAAGGCCCUCCUCUCUCAGAUGGAGGAGACCUGCAGGUCCAUCCAGGAGAACGGCCGUCGUCAGAAGCAGAGUCUGUGUGAUAAGUUUGACGGGCUGUAUGCCAUCCUGGAGGAGAGGAAGAAGGAGUUGGUGGGUAUGAUCAGCCGCCAGCAGGAUGACAAGCUGGACUACAUCCGCUCCCUCAUGCGUCGCCACGGAGACCACCUGGAGGGAGCCGUCAAGCUGGUGGAGACAGCCAUCCAGUCCAUGGAGGAACCACAGAUGGCCGUGUUCCUACAGAGAAUCAAGGAUAUAUUUAAAAAGAUCGGCACCACUGCCAAGGUGUCCAGUAUGGAAUGUCCAGAGCCGGGCUACGAGAGCAUGGCCCAUCUUGUCAUCAACACAGCGAAUGUGGCAGACAUGCUGAGGACCAUUGACUUCAUCACAGUUAGGGCCUCAGGUUUCCAGGAAAAGGACGGGGAGGAUGGUUAUGAUCUGGGUUUUUCCAGUCAAGAAAGGACUACUUAGAGGGUUUAUGGUAAUCCCCUGCGCACAUCCAUCCAGAGUAUUGAUGUUUGCCUUUACCAUUCGGCUGUCAACUGGUUUUGCUGUCCACAGUAUUUACAUUGAGUGAAUUACAGAUCUACAAUAGAGAAUAAAGCUCAAACAUCACACAGUUGAAGGCCUCCCUCGCCACCCACAUCAGAUAUAUGUACAAAAGCCUGUGUAUUAUGUGUACAUUUGAUAAGCUAAGUAUAAUCCACUGAAAUGUAUCCCACUGUUGGUUUGAAUUGUGCAUGUUGUGAAGUAGGAAGAAUAUUGUUGUUUUUCCUCACCUAACACUCCUUCUAGUGCUUGUGAUUAUCCUGCUACUUCCUCUUCAACAGACUUUACUUUGACAAGAGUUCCACAAGUGCCUUGAAGAAAAAAGUAUGACUAAUAUUGUAGAGACCGAAGCAACUGUAAGCUGCACUUCUAAAAGGUUAUGAGGAGAACUGAAUGCUCCGAUGGUAUAGUAUAUGCACUUUUUAGUCUCAGUUUACAUCAUUUUAUAGAAAUA